AUGGCGACCGAGUAUAACCGCUUCAUGAGCGAGUACCUCGCCCUCGGUCAUAUGAAGCGGCUCUCUAGCCGAGAGCUCUCUGAACCGAGCAGCACGGUCUGCUACGUCCCGCACCACGGCAUCUGGCAACACGAGGACCUUGGAUCAAAGUUGCGUGUCGUAUUUAACGCCUCGCACCCAACCUCGAGCGGCUACAGCCUAAAUGACAUCCUGCACUCCGGGCCGAGACUCCAGGCCGCACUACCGACAGUCCUGCUGCGAUGGCGAAGACAUAGCGUCACCUUCUGCAGCGAUGUCCAGAUGAUGUUUCGCCAAAUCUGGGUCGACUCGCGAGACGCAGACCUUCAGUGCAUAGUCUGGAGCCCCGAUCCGAGUCAGCCGCCUGUACACUAUCAACUGCGCACCGUCACUUAUGGCGCGACUUGCUCGCUCUACUUGUCACUGCGUGUGAUUCAACAACUCUGCCAUGACGAAGGACACUUGUGGCCGGACGCCGUACCUGUCGUCAUGAACGAUCGGUACGCGGAUGACAUCCUCUCGGGUGCCGAUGACCUCAAAACGGCCCGCCAGCUUCGAGAUCAAGUAAUUGGCCUGCUGCGCUCAGGCGGAUUUCCACUCCGGAAAUGGGUCGCCAAUGACGCCGAACUUCUGGCUGACCUCACCCAGGAAGCUCGCCUGCGCCCUACGUGGCCCCGAGAACAGGACACCAAGCGGAGCAUCCUUGCUGGUUUCACGAGCCUCUUCGAUCCUUGCGGUUGGCUCGCGCUGACCAUACUCCAAGCCAAGCUCCUUGUGCAGGAUCUGUGGCGCACCCGGUUAGAUUGGGAUGAGGUCGUACCUGCAUCAAUGGCUCGUUGGUGGUCAGCUUUCACCACUGAGCUGAAAUCAAUCCAAGGCUUCUCCAUUCCACGUUGGAUUGGAUCUUCGGCUCCGUCGAAGAUUCACCUCCACGCCUUUUCAGACGCCAGCCGCCACGCGAUGGUGGCGGUGGUGUACUCCCAGCUGCAGGACUCCUCAGGGCAAGUCCGCUGCCACAUUCUGCUGGCCAAGACAAAAAUUGCGCCCAUCCGAAGCCUCAAGCCGUCAGCCACGCCCCAGGCCCGCAUGACGAUACCUCGCUUUGAGCUGCGUGCCGCGCUGCUUGCUGCGAAGCUGCUGCGCUUGGUCGUCAGCGAGUGGAACAUCCCUAUUGAGCACUGCUACGCUUGGUGCGACUCCCAAGUCGUUCUACGCUGGCUCCACUCCACCGAGCUGACCAACCACGCUCUUGUCGACAACUACGUCGCCCACAUCCAGGAGGUACUGCCACCACACAUCUGGCGCUAUGUGCCUACUCAUGACAAUCCUGCCGAUGUGGCGUCUCGAGGCACCGAUGCCCAGACUCUACACCGCCAGCAGACAUGGUGGACUGGCCUUUCCCGGCUGUCCGAAGGCCCUGAUCGUUGGCCCCAGGAGCCCUCCGAGCCGCCACAGCCCUCACCUCCUCGCCUCUGCAGCGUCACGCAAAAGAUCGAGUUCAACCUUCUCCGACUGUUCUCCGAUCUGGGCGUCCUCCUGCGCACCCUCACCCACCUGCGUCGGUGGGCGAGACUCCAUCUCGGCCGAGCCCCUCCACGACCGAUGCUCUCAGCACCGACGGCUACCGAGUUGACCGAAGCCUACCUCGCUUGCGUGCGCUUGAGCCCGCAGCGUGGCUUCUCUGAUAAACUUGCACUGCUUCGCAUGGGCCGCACCCUUCUCAAGCGGCACCCACUGACAUCGCUACGAUACGAGCGCUUGGAGCUCAUGCCUUGCAGUGUUCGUCGUAAAUACGUCUGCAUCCGCCUGCUCAGUUCCGUUUUGGCAUCUGGUGAGACUUUAUAUUUGGCUAAGAAGUUCAUCUUCCGACCACGCGAUGCUACGGGGUCAAGGAGAGCGGAUCCCUCGGAGCUAAUUGUCCCGUGGGCAAGAACAGACAUUUAUAUGGAUUCCUUUCAUAUUAGUGUUGCCCGGCUGUGGAAUCGCUUACCGGGCGACUUGCGUGGGCUCUCGACGAGGCCCUGCUACAUGAACACUACAAGCGGCUGUAGCCCGUUGUCGGUGAUGGUGAUAAUUUGUGCUAUGUCUGUGAUCGAGUGA